AUGGCGACCACAGCUCCUGACGCCGAAAUACGGGCUGAGAACGCUAAAGUUGCCGUCGAUACGGGCAAAAAAGACCUCGAGAAAGACAAGAUGGCGGACGUUCUGCAAGGACUACAAGCUUCGCUAAUGAAACUUGCCACGGCUUCUGAAAAGCAGACAGUUGCUUCUGAAAAGCAAGCAGCUGCUAUUGAAAGCUUAAGAGAGGACAUUUUACUAAAUACAGUUGACCCAACUGUAACGAAUGUUGAUGAGGAGCAGAUUGAAAGCGACAUUGUCAUUGACGCUUCGCUUGACAUCAACAACACUUUGGCCAACGUGCUCGACACCACUUGCGUUGCCACAAGCGACAAAGAUAUGUCGCAGGACUCUGUUGCACCUGACUCAGGUCCUCAGAGCGAGUUUUUGGAAAGCCUGACUCAGGCAUUUAUCCCAACGGCACAAAAAUCUCCAGCUAUUGAGAGCAAGAUCGCCCAGUUAAUCGACAAUAUGUUGAUAGGCGACCUCUCACCAGCCACGGUGCAAGAGCGAGUGGAUAAAUACCCACCGCCAGCUAAUUGUGAGUAUCUUACUCUCACUACAGUUAACGAAGAAAUCUGGGACUUGAUGUCCAGAAAAACACGAUCCGUGGACCUAGCUUUUCAGCGGACACAGGAGCCAUUGAUUCAAGGCUUAUCUGUGUUAACAAAUUUGGCGGGAAACCUUGUAUCAGCUAUACAACAGGGAAAGACACCAGAAACUCGCCAAAUUCUUGAUAAAGUAAUGGAUAGCAUUGCUAUUUUAAGCCAUGCAAAUUGGAAGCUCAACAUGAAGAGGAGAGAGCUGAUAAAGCCAGAUCUAAAUCCUCCAUACACAAGAUUGUGCAAAGAGGAAAUCAAACCCUCUAGUAAGCUUUUUGGGGAGGACCUCCCUAAGCAUAUGAAAGAUAUGGCUGAGGCAAAGAAAGUAGGCCAGCAAAUGCAAAAACCCUCUACGUCACGGCCACCCAGUCAAAAUCGCUACACAGCUAAAAGCUACAAGCCAAAGUUUGUGCGACCAAAGCCUUAUGAUAGGGCAAGCAACACUUUUUCAAGACGUCCUUUUUUAGGACAGGGCCGGGCGUCAACUCAGGGGAACCUUCCAAGACGAAAUCACACUGCUCCCAAUCGGAAGGGACAGUAA